GGAAGAAUGAAUGGACGACGGCGUGACAAGUUGCAUGGGACUAGUCCAAUUUGGGCUUUAGCUUGCGCUAAAUUCGUACUUGAGCUGAAGUAUACGAGGUAUCUCCCCCUCUUAAUUCCCUCAAGAUGUGAGAACUCCAUACUCUAUUCGAUUUGACAUAUUGCAGACAUGUCUGGCCUCGAAAUUCCGGGCCUUGUUGUAGGCGUUGUGCCACUUGCGCUGAAAGCCACUGUCGAAGCGUGGAAAGUACUCGACGAUACCGUUAGCUUCUCGGAUGAUAGUGAAGAUUUGGUUAUCCGUCUAGAGACACUGAAAGCUCAUUUGGGCAUCUGGGCAAUGAAAGCAGGGUUGACCGAAGGCGGCCUUCUUAGUGCGCUUUUGCCGUUUGAGGAGCUUAUCGAGCGAACACUAAAACGUAUAUGCGAACUGGUCACGGAAGUCGAGCUGCAAGGAACAAAGUACGGACUCAAACCUCCAGAAACAGGCAGCGGCAACACAAAACGAACGAAUGCAGCAAUCGUUCAGAUGCGGAAGAGCCUGCACGCAGCCCUAUCAAAUACCAAAUCGCCAAGAACAAAUAUUGCGGUCAAAAUAGAAGCAGAUGCGGCUCGAAUCGCGAAUCCGGAACGAAAAGAUGAGCCUAACGUCUUGAGAAGAAUUUGUUGGGCAGUGCACGAUAAGCAGAAGUUCGAAGGCUUCGUCAACACGCUUGAAAAGCAUGUGAACGGUUUGCAGAAUUUUGUUGUGGACCACGAUCGACGAAAGUUGCAGCAAGAAGGAACUCGAAUCACGUUGGAUAUAAUCCGCGGGCUUUCCGAACCAGACGCUCUAAUACAUUUACGUGGCGCACCUAUCUGGGACGACCAAUUUUCGCAGAUGGAUAUCAGCACCUUGGCGCGAUGGAAAGCCAUCGCCGUAACGCCGCCAUCGCCACCAGUCACAACUACUGAAUCCUUGAAAGACUGGAGCCUGGCCAGUAUACACGCUGAUGAUAGAAGCCAGGUGCGCUUCAUCAAGCGAGGGCUGGUCAACAACGAUGCUGCUUAUUUUUUUGAGAAGAAAGAGUACGACCCUAACAUCACAGACGACGAGAAGGACAUAUUGCAGGAUCGUAUUCGCCAGCUCAUGGCUUUGCUUGGAGAGGCCAGAUCUCAGCGACACCUGAACACACUACAAGCACUUGGCUAUCUUGAUGAUCCCAGUUACCACUGCUGGUGGAUAGUCUUCCGCUUCCCGUUGAGCCCCCUGGACGUUCUUGAUGACAAAGCGAAUCGCCCGCUUUCCUUGAAAGACCUAUACUCAGUGCCGUAUAGACCAGCGCUUGAGGCACGCUACAGGUUGGCAAAGCGGCUUGUCGACUCGUUCGCUCGCCUGUACGGCAGCGACUGGUACCACAAAGGGAUCAACAGCAGUAACAUUAUUUUCCCACAGAUUUACACUGCAAGCUCGCGAGCUAGCUUCAAGUCAAUCAAUACCGCUCUCGUUCAAGGCUUCAAUUACUCCCGACAGCUCACACAGUCUCAGACCAUUGACCGCGGAAAGGUUCUCAAUGAUCUGGAAGCUGCCAUCUACCGCCAUCCACUGUACCAAGGGGACGCGGCAUCAGGGUACCAGAUACAGUACGACAUAUACUCACUCGGCUUGGUGCUCUUUGAAAUUGCAAUUUGGGGUCCUCUCAUGGAUAUGUUUGUGCCUGGUAAGGGUAAGAAGCCGCCAGUGGCCCUAUCGCCAAACAUGAAGCAGUUUCAUGAGGCGGAAGCAUUCGAGCUCAAACGGAGAAUUGACAUGCGGGUCGAAAACGAGCUGGCGUAUCGGGUCGGGACAAGGUACAAGGAAGUGGUGCAAUGGUGCUUGAGUUUACGGGGUACCGUGACUGCACUUGAGUUCUACAACGCAGUUGCAAUACCAUUGGAUGAGCUAUGCAGUCAGUAAGAUGAAUGGAGUUGGUAGUUCUGCAUGACUCGAUCGAAAGGUACAGCUUGGUAUCCCUCAGUGCUCCUCAUGUGAGCUGAACCCUCAUAGCACUCUG